AUGCGGAAUCUGUGGAGGGGACAGCACAGCUUGCAGGGUGAUCUCGGGAAUCUUCAAGCACAGCCUGACCAACCUUGGCUACCACAAAAUAGUAGAAAUUCCAGAAGGAGCCACCAAAAUCAACAUCACAGAGAUGUCCAAAAGCAACAAUUACUUGGCACUACGGAGUCGAUCAGGGCGUGCUAUUAUCAAUGGGAAUUGGGCAAUUGAUCGACCUGGGAGAUACGAAGGAGGAGGAACAAUGUUCGUCUACAAACGACCCAACGAGAUCUCAAGUACUGCUGGGGAAUCCUUUUUAGCAGACGGCCCAACCAAUGAAAUCUUGGAUGUCUAUGUAAGAAUCAAACAUCACUUCUUCAUUGAGCUAGGCACUAGGGGAACCAUCCUUAACAGUUAGAAGUUAGGAAAUCGUUUACUCGUGGAUGAAAUAGUUUUCUAGGCUAAUUUUCCAUUUGGGUUUGUUGAGAGGGAAGUCAGAGACCUGGGCAGGUGUGUGUUUGCGUGUGAGUGUGUGUGUGUGUUUAUAACCUGGUGUCAGACCUGCCUCAAUUUGAACCUUUAAGUGAGAAUGAUCCUUAACUCCGUUUGUUAAGAAAGGUAUAGUUUACUAAAGGUCAAGUGAAAUACAGUAGAAUAGAAGAGAAUAUAGAAGAGAAGAGAAUAUAGA